GAAAUGAAGCCAUCCAUCCUUCACCCGUCGCUCAUUCGCAUACAUUGCCAUACUCCCCGUUCAUUAUCGAUUAGAUUAAGUAACAAGACAUCUCAAGCAUGUGCUUCGUUGGCCCAUUGCAGUUGUCUACUUGAUAUCCAUAUUUCGUUUGCACAGUAUCGUGCAUUCAUCGUGUAAAAGUAAUCACACAGGCCAAUGAAGAGGGGCGCCUUGCAUGGGACUAUUUAGGUUUAACUUUCUUGCAAAUGGGAGAUUGCAACAGGCUGGUUUCGAAGAUCCCCAGAAAAUCCUUUUGUUUGUUGGGAAUACAUCGUAAUAUCACACCGAAGUGGAUUGUUCAUAUUACUUGUUGCUUUUCAAACAGCUUGUGAUCUCUCCAACACUCAUACGUUCAUAAGUUAUCCAGAUCAUACACACUUUCAUCAUGUCUCAUUCUCACGAAGGAGGUCCAACCCACUCUCACGAUCACCCAGCUGGUGACCAUGGACAUACUCAUGAGAUUCUCGAUGGGCCUGGUAGUUACAUGGGCAGGGAAAUGCCAAUCAUAGAGGGCAGAAAUUGGUCUGAGAGAGCCUUUACCGUUGGUAUUGGAGGACCUGUAGGUUCCGGCAAAACGGCAUUGAUGCUGGCACUCUGCAAUGCCCUGAGAGAGAAAUACUCAAUCGCAGCCGUUACCAAUGAUAUCUUUACCCGAGAAGACGCUGAGUUCCUCACUAAACACAAAGCUCUGCCUGCAUCUCGUAUCCGUGCCAUCGAAACCGGUGGAUGCCCUCAUGCAGCUGUGCGUGAAGAUAUCUCGGCCAACCUUGCUGCUCUUGAAGAUUUGCACCGCGAAUUCACUUCCGACAUAUUACUUAUCGAAUCGGGAGGUGAUAACUUGGCCGCUAACUACUCCAGAGAGUUGGCGGAUUACAUCAUCUACGUCAUUGAUGUUAGUGGAGGUGACAAGAUUCCCAGGAAAGGAGGCCCGGGAAUCACUCAGAGCGAUCUUUUAGUGGUGAACAAGACAGACUUGGCCGAAGCCGUGGGUGCAGAUUUGGAUGUUAUGGAUAGGGAUGCGAGAAAGAUGAGAGAAGGAGGCCCAACUGUCUUUGCCCAGGUCAAGGGAGGAGUCGGAAUGGAACACAUCAUUGGUUUAAUUGAGAGCGCAUGGAAGGGCAGCGGAGCGGAGAGGGUCAGCAAAGAACGAGGUGGCCCAAAAGCGACAGAGGGUUUGGAGCAACUAAAGUAAUCAGGGCUGCAUGUACUCUAAAGGAAGAUAAUGCAUCUCAUCAUACUGAAUAUAAACUUGGACA